AUGACCUUUCUGUCGGCAGUACACGAGAAAUUGGUCGUAAGAAGCGUCGACCAGGACGGCACACAUCGAGAAGUAGAAUUCCUCGACAAUGACUCAAUCAGGCCAACAAGAGUCAAAGAUCGGUCAUGGACACAAGUCACGUAUCUCGCGUUCUGGUUCUCAGCGACUGCAAACGUCAGUAACCUGUACGCUGCCUCUACCGGCAUGACGGUUGGACUGUCCAUGUGGGAAGCCAUCGCCUGUCAGACCGCCGGCCAAUUCAUUGCCGGGUGCUUGAUGGCCCUCAAUGGUCGUGGCGGCGCAAUGUAUCGCAUUCCGUAUCCCGUUCUCUGCCGGUCGAGCUUUGGUCCCUGGGUCAGUAUUGCUCUCCACUCAUACGGGAUCAUCAAUUGCGCAUUCCUCCUAGUCCCAGUACCCAAAAUGCGAAUGUACGUCUAUAUCAAAGUCGGUAUCUUCUAUGCAGCGGCGAUUGCAAUGCUCGUCUGGACGGUAUCACUUGCUGGAGGCUCUACACAUUCAUUGAGUCAAUCCUCGAAGAUCAAGGGACCGGAGAAGUCCUGGAUGAUCCUCAAAUUUAUAUUCCUUGGGACAGCAGCCUGCGGGACGUUUAUUGCCAACGCAGCCGAUUUACAGCGCUACGCGCGGCGUCCAAAUGAUGUGCUCUGGGGACAGGUCAUUAGCUUCCCCGUAUCGAACCUGCUCGUUUCCGUGAUGGGCUGUGUCAUUGCCGCAGCAAGCGAGAGUGUAUUUGGUGAACUUAUGUGGAAUCCGCUUAACUUCCUCGACCGGCUGAUGGAGGGAGAUCGAUACACUCCAGCCAACAGAGCUGCAUGCUUCUUCAUUGCCCUUGGUCUUGUGUACUCAUCUAUCUUCUCGGCGAUCUUUGAGAACUCCAUACCGUACGUCGAAGAUAGCUUAUAUUCAGCGGACGAGACUAAUUGCUGUCCAGUGCCGGCAACGACAUUGCCUCCCUACUUCCGAGAUAUGUCACCAUCAAACGAGGGUUCUUCAUAUGUGCCGCUACGAAUCCCCGACCUGUAUACGAUGAACCCAGAAGGACAGUAUCAUUUCCUGCGAGGAUGGAACCUACGAGCGUUUGCCGUGUACUUCAUCGCCGUCGCGCCCAACUUCUAUGGGUUCCUCAAUAAGAUGGGCGUACAGGCGCCGCUCUCAAUCCAGAGAUACUACUAUGUGGCUUAUCCGACUGGGUUGUUAAUCGCAUUCAGUUGCUACUCUGUCAUUUGCUGCUUCCUCCCUCCCGAGGGCAUGGAGAGGUCGAAGGGCUGGAAAGAACCGGAGGAUUAUAUAGAUGAGUUUGAUCGUGCCGGCGAAGGAUUGCGCAGUAUUGAAGGCAUUGAAGUGGCAGAGCAUGGCCGCGCGGUGGAAACAACCGAGAAAGUUGAGAAACCGUGGGCUUGA